AUGCUUGAAUCACAGAAACGCAUCGACACUCUCCUGAGUGGGCUCCAACGGCAAAUUGCGGACGUUACAGCGGAGCUGAAAUCCCCCCCUUUGGCACAAGCACUGGAGACACUGCUACAUGACCCAGAUCGACUACCAGACAGCGUAACAGAAAAGCUAGCGACCCAGCUCAUCGAUUCAUUGGAUGAUCUGCAGCUUCAAUUGCUGCCGUCAGUCUCCCUGCUCACAGACGGCUUCUUUGGCUACCUGGACAGCAAGGUACUGGCUACUGUUGUCUCUGCCCGCGUACCCGACAUUCUAGGCGAACAUGGCCCUCUGCCAGUUUCGGAACUUGCAUCUCACGCCAACAUUCAGCCUGAACGCCUAGACCAAUUGCUUGAUGCCCUUACGAACAAGGGCAUUUUCACCAAAAUGUCGAAGCCGGAUGGGAGCGCAUCUUCUGCCAUUUAUGCCAACAACCGUGCAUCAACACUCCUUAUGCGCUCGCAUUGGACGCAAUGGCAUCGCUGGGCAGAUUUGUACCCUAAUGAUUUCUAUAAUAUCGCUUCCGCCAUACCUCAAGCCGUUGCUACUGGCGAGUCUCGCAAUGCUGCACAGAUUGGUUACGGCAUUGAUGUCAACACAACCCUUUUUGGCUACCUUGAGACGCAGCCCGCUCUUGCCGAGAAGUUCCAUCGCACUCUAGGUGCGGGCGCGGGCGCCCAAGCAGCAGGCCUGCCUGUAGAUUAUCCAUGGGGCGACGAGCUUGCAGGAGAGUGCGUCCUCGACAUCGGUGGCGGCAAUGGAGAGUUCCUCGCGUCGAUUCUACGUGGCCACCCUUCUCUCCGUGGUUCUAUACUUGAGUUGGGAAAUGUCGUUGACCUUGCAAAGAACGAGUUCUUUGGGGAAACUGGGCGCUUUCGUGAUGUCGCUCAUCAAGUCACCGACCUAAUCAAAGGCAACUUCCUUCAGGCGGUUCCACCUAGCAAGAUAUACGUCAUGAAGUGGUGUUUGCAUAAUUGGGGCGAUGACAUGGUAGUCAAGAUCCUUCAGAACGUGCGAAGGGCCAUCCUUGUGGGCGAUGUUGGGAAAGUAGAACCGAGGUUCCUAAUUUUUGAAUCAGUGAAAGAGCCGGGCCGUAGCGGAAGACUCGCGCGAUAUGGUGAUCUUGUCAUGAUGAUGACUACGAAUGGAAAGGAGAGAUAUCUUGACGACUGGAAAAGGCUAGCUCGUUUGGGAGGAUGGCGCGUCGAGAAGGUCUAUCCCAUACGUAGGGCCUGGCCGUGCGCUAUCGACCUUCGUCCCGUGUAG